AUGGCCUCCAGAAUCGAACGCGUACCGGUAUCGCCGCCAAUACAGCAAUUGCAAGAUCUGUCGCUAUCGGACGAACCCCAGAAACAGUCUGGAAUUGUGACAGAAUCCAGAGAGAAGACCACGCUAUCUUCAUCCCUGCAGGACCUGAUGCUCACCGGCCAGCAAGAGCACUACCUCAAGAAAGAGCUGAUAAGUCUCGAGAUCGAGCACGAGAUUGCAGGUAUCAGCACGCCCAACGCGCUCGCUCGCUUCGGCGCCCCGUUCCGCGACUCGGCCGCACAGUCGCCGCUUAAAGCCAAACGUUCGAGCGGACGGUCGAUGCUCGCGAGUAUGGGGCUGGCGCGACACACGCAGAUUACACCCGCCGAGCUUGCCCAUGCGAUGCAAGCCAACGAGAUCCGGCCCGAGGACUCCGAGUUCCCGAUCUUAAGACACGUGUUUAUCAACCAUGUUCGCAAUUUCCCCUUCCUUGACUCGACGGACGAAAUCGAGUUUUGGCAAAACAAAGUGCAGACGUUUUGGGAGACGUUCUCCGCAAAGCGGAUAAGUUCGACCGAUGACCGCACGGAGGAGACAAAGCGCCGGCGACUGGCGUUCAAGAUUCAGAAAAUGAUCGAGAUCAUGAUGUCUUCGGGCAUCAGGACUGCCUCUGGUUUGGAGAGAGGUGUUCACACCGACGACUCGGAUUUGGGAACAACAACUACUACGGGUGCCGCGUCUGCUGCGCAUGAGACUGGCGAUGCAGCGCACGUAUCAGCAGACGAAAGAGAAAAGUUCAUGACCGAGAACGCGAUCGACGGAAGACCUAUCAACGGCUUUGAUAUCAACGUUGUCGGUGUGCGAACCGUAUAUCAGCGAAAACGGGUCAAGAACUCGUCGCAUUUAGAGUUUAUUAUUCGGACGCGUGUUGAUGGUCGCGAAGCGUUCGUUUCCAAACGGUAUUCUGAUUUCCGCGAUUUGCACACAAAGCUGCUGCACGCUUUCCCGGAGAAGAGCAUCCCCAAAGUGCCAAUGAAGAACAAAUCUUCGAGCACAGUCACAGACGACAAUCGGCCUCACUCGGCACCGAUGUCUACAAUGUCGUCGGACGACGAGAAAGGAUACGAUGAUAGCGAUAACGAAGAGAUUGAGACCCCGCUAUCCCCGCUCCAUAAUCACGCGGAGAUUCUGGAUGAGGAUAUGAGUCCUCGAAGCUCGCUCUCUCAUGUUGCUUCCGAUCUUUCUGCAGCUUCAUCCUCCGGCGCUUCGUCGGCUUCCCCGCACUCCAACGGGGAGAUUGAAAGUCCAUCGUCUCCUCGUCCUGCCAGCGUCGGCAAGCAUUCAACCGUCAAGAAGCUCUCGCGCAAGCUCUCGAUGCAUUCUCUUGCGACCAAGCGUGUAUCCGAGUCAGUACCCUCGCUGCCGCACUCGCCACUUUUGACCAGCCCUAGCCAGAGCGUGAUCGACAGUAAACUGGGCCAUACGCGCACAGGCAGUAUGAGCAGCGACUUCCGCCGUACGAGCGCUGAGAUCUUGCGGCUGCGGUCGAGUAGAGAGCUACACCUUGAUGCAGCAGUGAUUGGCGCCAUAAAACUACUGGGAGAAUCGCAGCGCCUCUCCUUACGCGCUUUCUUGCGUUCGUGUGUGGGAAUCUCAGCAGUUGCCGAAUCUGAGAUCUUUCGAUCGUUCCUGCUUGACCACGGGUUUUCCGAGUCUGAUUUGACGCCUGCCGAGGUUGACGAUGUCAAGCGACGGAUGGAAGCCGACGAACAACGCCUUGAAGAGCAGUUCCGAUUUUUCCAGAUCGCGUCCCAGCGCGCGCGUGAGCUCGAUGCGUACAUUGCUGAUUUCAAAAAGGAGCUUAUCCAACGAGACGGACUGUCCCGAUUCUUUUCCGAGAUUCGACAGAAAGAGCGCCUGGCUGAUCUCUCGCCUCGGUAUCAGAAGUUUGUCGAGUGGGCGCGGAUCGAGAUCGCGGCUACGAUCUAUCACUUGUUUGUGGGUCAGGAUAAUGCUUCGGAUCUACUGGCGCAGACAAAGAGAAUCCAUCGACUGAUGCCCUACGCGGUUUUGAAGAGCGUGAUUCGGUUCUCGAAUCCGGUGUCGAUGAUGAAGACCGUUCUCGAUCUGUUUCUCGCGCAGCCGUUUGGUCAGAAAUCUCUUUUGCAGCGAAUUCUCUACAUUGCACUCAGUGAAGAUCUGAAAAUGCAGGAGAAAGCGAUUCAAGUUGUCAGGAAGAAGAUCAACAACGAGGCGCUUUGUAACCGGAUACAGAAAUAUGUCGAAGGCGAUGAAGCUCUUCGCGGGCAGGUAGACUGGGAGAUCAACGAGGAAGCAGUCGACGUUAUAGUCGCAAUCGCAAAGACGGACGCGAUCGAUCCCCCGCUUGAUGUCGCUGUUAUCGGCAAGAUUAUCAAUUCGUGGAUAGCGUGGAAUAUCGCGGUCGAUGACGUGAACGCCGAGGUUGAUGACGAUAUCAGGUUCUUCUCAAAUCUAAAGUCGUUGCUGAAGUUGAUGAUUAGGAAGAGAGAUAAAGAUAUGAUUCUGUCGCUUACGGGAGAGAAAGUCACGAUGGAUCUCAUCAAGGAUGUAUUUACAAUGUUUUACGAACCUCUGGUCCGGGUCUACAAAUCCGCCAGUGUCCACCGGUCUGUAGGCGACGUUGCAGACUUUGUCGACGAUCUGAUAAAGACGGUCGAGGAAUGUGAUUCCGAAACCACAGCACAUGACGCCAACGUGCUCGUGCAGAAAUUCGUCGAUCUAUGCGAACGCCAUCAAGAGUCGUUUUACCGAUUUGUGCACGAGGUCCAUGUCAACGACAAUGGCCUUUUCACGAAACUCAUGUUAUGGAUCGAGGAGAUUCUGCAGUUUUUGCGCGAAGGGCCGGACUCGACUAUUGACAUGAACGAGCUAUUUAUCCACUCGACCUCGAUACCGUCAGUAGUCGACCCUGAUACCGGCGAAACAAUCGUGGUCGAUCGGGAGAAACUACUGGCGGAAAUCGAUGCUAUGAUUGAUUGGAACCUGAAACGGAAGCUAUGGCGAGAGAAACGCGUGCGUGAUCGACUACGGCAAGGAAAAGGAGUGCGCGCGGACGUGAACGACGACAGUGACGACGAGGAAGCUCAGGAUGAAGCGGAAUGGCGGGCGACGUUGCCAUCUAUUCUCCGCAGCGAGGAUUUCGGUCUGCGCGGCGACGAUCUGGCGCAGUUCGAGGUCGACCAGUCAAACAUCAGCAGCGAGGAGGACGAAGAUGAAGACGAGGAUCUGAUGGAUCCGAUCGAGUACGAGCGGCGGGCGAGAGCUAGACGGAAUAGGCGCGGGGGAUCGAAUGGAGAGCCGCCAAAGCCGGACUUGGUUGAGAUCCCGAAGCUGUUAGGGCCAUUUGUCGAGCGGUUGAAGGUUGUGCUCGCAUAG